ACUUAAAGGAUCUAAAUAGUACUUCCUCCUCCAGCACUGGACUUUUAUUUUGUAGUAGCUGUCAGACUCAGCUGUGUCGCUUCAUCCUCUGAGCUCUCAGCCUCUGUCUGCCUCUGCUGCUUCAUCGCAGUUCUGGAUGUUGUUUUAUCAGUCAGCAUGCCAUCGCCUGCUUGUGCUAAUUCAUGAAUAGCUCUAAUAAUUGAUUCGUUAAUUAAUUUCACCGCUCCUGAAAAUCAAGAGCCAGAAAACGACCGAGGACUGGAUCUCCUGCACCGGACCGGACUCCUCUCUCCACAGCAGCGUUUUAACGAUCCGCACUUCAGACUGAAAAAUACACCGGUACAUGUAUUUGUACAUGGCUGUGUCUAAGAGUACCGGCACCCUGAGGGACCUGCAGCUGGCUCUGCAGCUGAAGAUCGAGGAGCUCCGGCAGAGAGACUCUCUCAUCGAUGAGCUGGAGCUGGAGCUGGACACGAAGGAUGAUCUGAUCAGGCAGCUGCAGGUAGAGCUGGACAAGCAUCGCUGCACCCCACAGGUCCCCGUCAGCACCGCGGAGACGGCAAACACAGGAGCGGCGGCUCAGACUCCGGCAGCACCUGACGAGCCUCAGCGAACAAAGAGACAGGCCAUCUCUGCAGAGCCCACAGCGCUGGACCCCUCGCAGCUCACUGAUGUCACACUCACCAGCUACUGCAAGACCAAAGAGUCUAGGGAGCUGAUCCAGAGGGCUCUAAUGGACAAUGACUUCAUGAAACAUCUGGAACACGGGCAGAUUCUCACCAUCAUGGAUUGUAUGCAUCCUACCAGCCUGGCCAAGGGCUGCUGUGUCAUCCAGGAGGGAGAUGACGGCUCCACAGUCUACGUUCUGGAGGAGGGAAUGGUUGAGGUGACUAAACAAGGAAAGAAACUGUGCACCAUUGGUCAAGGAACAGUGUUUGGAGAACUGGCGAUCCUGUACAACUGCACUCGCACAGCAACUGUGACAGCUCUGACUGACAUUAAGCUCUGGGCGAUCGACCGUCAGGGUUUCCAGACCAUCAUGAUGAGGACUGGUCUCAUCAAACAUUCCCAGUACACAGACUUCCUCCGCAGCGUUCCCUCUUUUCAGUCGCUACCCGAGGACAUCCUCAGCAAACUGGCUGAUGUUUUGGAGGAGACUCAUUACAGUGACUGUGAUUACAUUAUCCGUCAGGGAGCCACCGGAGACACAUUCUUCAUCAUCAGUGAAGGACAGGUGAAAGUCUCUCAGCAGAGCUCACCCAGUGACGAGCAGGUGGCUGUGAAAACUCUCUCCAAAGGGGACUGGUUUGGAGAGCAAGCUCUGAAAGGUGAGGACGUUCGAACAGCCAGUGUCACAGCUGUGGGAGACGUCACGUGUCUGGUGAUUGACAGAGAGUCUUUCAGACAGCUGAUUGGAGGACUGGAUGACGUCAACAACAAGCAGUACGACAGCGAUGAGGUCAACGCGAAACUGCAGACAGAGGCAGAUUUCUUUUCCAGUGUGUCACUUAGUGAUUUCAAUAUCGUCUGCACUCUGGGGAUGGGAGGCUUCAGUCGAGUGGAGCUGGUGCAAUUAAAGAACGAUGCCAGUCGAUCUUUUGCCCUGAAAGUGUUAAAGAAACGCCACAUCCUGGACACCAGCCAGCAGGGCCACAUCCUGUCGGAGCGCCGCAUCAUGAUGGAGGCGCACAGCCCGUUCAUCAUCAGGUUGUAUCGGACUUUCAGAGACUCCAAAUAUCUCUACAUGCUGCUGGAGGCUUGCCUCGGAGGAGAACUGUGGACGUUACUGCGAGACAGGGGAUCAUUUGAUGACGGCGUCACUCGCUUCUACACGGGCUGUGUCGUAGAGGCUCUGGCUUUCCUGCACUCCAGAGGAAUCAUCUACAGAGACCUCAAACCUGAGAACAUCAUCCUGGACCACCGGGGAUACGCAAAGCUGGUGGACUUUGGCUUUGCUAAGAAGGUUGGUCUGGGUAAGAAGACGUGGACGUUUUGUGGUACUCCUGAGUACGUCGCCCCUGAGAUCAUCCUGAACAAAGGCCAUGACAGUUCAGCUGACUGCUGGUCUCUGGGAAUACUGGUCUUUGAGCUGCUCAGUGGCAGUCCUCCAUUUACAGGCUCUGAUCCCAUGAAGACCUAUAACAUCAUCCUGAGAGGCAUCGACAUGAUCGAGUUUCCCAAGAAGAUCACCAAGAGUGCGACUAACCUCAUCAAACGACUCUGCAGGGACAAUCCUUCAGAGCGGCUGGGAAAUCAGAAAAAUGGAGUGAAGGAUAUCCAGAAACACAAGUGGUUUGAGGGCUUCAACUGGGACGGCCUCCGCCAGGGAACCAUAGACUCUCCGUUCACACCCGCAGUGAACGGGCCAUUGGACAACAGCAACUUUGACUAUUUCCCAGAGGACAUGGAAGACCCUCCUCCUGACGAAGAGUCCGGUUGGGACCUCGAAUUUUAGCAGGACCUGAUUAGCGUCUGAAGGCUGACUGAACAAAGAAACCAGUGGGAACAGGAUUCUUCAGAGGACGUGAAGCCAAACAAAAGAAACAACAGAAAGAACUUCAGCUUUCUGUGAAAGUCAAAGUGCAAAUUAAAGCAAGAAAAACAGAAAGCAUCGAACAUAGUGUACGAAACUAUAAUCACAGCGAGUAUUAGGGCCACCCAAUCUGAGAUUUCAAGAAUAAAAUGAAAAUAUUUAAAUCAAAAGAUAAUUGUGAGUAAAAAAAGUCAUAUUACAAGAAAUAUAAUAAUAAUUAUCAUAAUAAUAAGAAUUUAACAAACAAAAGUAAAUGUACAAGAAAUGCGUUCAGAAUAAUAAUAAUGUAUUAAAAAUAAAACCAUACUACCUCGAAAGAAAAAAGCCAUAUCUUGUCAUUGUACUUGAAAUAAUCUUAAAAUGUAGAGAAUAAAAUUGUACUAUUAAAAUGAAAAAAAAUCACAAUAUGUCAGAAUAAAUUUGUGUUUUUACAAAAUAAUUUUAAUUUGUGAAGAACAAAGAAAAAAAGUCUUAUUUAAGAUUUUUAAUAAUCUUCAAUAUAAUAAUAAUAAUAAUAAUAAAAAUCUUUAUUUAUAGAGCAUGUUUUCAAAAUCAUGUUACAAAGUGCUUUCACUAGAUGUGCAAAAACAAUCAAACAUAUACAUUGAUUGAAAUACAACUUUUCUCUUCUUGAAAUAUUUUGAUUUGAUUUUCAAAAUCUCAGAUAGUGGCCCUAAUACGUUGACAGAAUAACCCAAAAAAGGAUUUAUUAGAUUCAUUAUUUUCAAACCUGACUUUAGAAAUUUCCACAGCAAACCUCCAGCAAACGUUACUACACAAAGUUAUUAUGUUAAACAUUUUCCUGAUAGGUUCUAGCGUUCCUCUAAUCCUGAAAGGGAAAAAAGGCUUUGCUUCUACUUCUUUUAUUGUUGCCAAUUGUUAUUUUUAUACUGUAACUGAUCAAUAUAUUACCUACUCUUUCAUUCUAAGAUUGGUAAAUUUAAUGGUCGGUCCAGGCUUUCUAUCUGACUGAUCAUAGUGACUGAACAAAUGAGCUGCUUUCAGGUCCCGGGACAGCUAGGAUAUUAGAGAUAUACGUCAGAGGUGAUUCAAUAUGAGCAGUAUUUCGAGCCAGAGGGGUAAAUAUGACAGGCACAGCUGCGCUUCUUUAUAACCCCCAAAUUAACAAGACCUGACCUUUAUGAGCGGAGAGAAGGAAAGUCUUGUCAGCAGCUGACAGGAAAAGUAUAUGUCCUAUAUUUUCCAAUUAUAUUUUCAGUUUAACACCAUCACUCCUGGUACCUUUAGUGUCCAGAGAGGUGCAUUUUCUCUGAACUAUAGUGUGAGCUUAUCAGGAAUUGACAGUUUGCCAAAGCCUGUCCUCAACUGUCUCAUCACAGUUUAACAACCAUAACCAGGCAGAGCAGGUUUGCUGUCAAUCUCAGCUUUUAAAGCUUUUGAUGGUCGUGGGUUUCUAUAGUUUUCUUGUAAGGAAUUAAUGAAACAAUGUUUGUCCUUGUGUCUUGUAGUCUUUAGGUUAGUGCUCAUCUUAAUUAAAAGCAUUUAUGUCUAAUAAAAGUGAAAAGAAAUACGAAUAUUAACGAAUUAA